GCCCCAGCUGUUUCCUGUUGAAAAUGUCUGUGUAAUGUAGAUAAAUGUGAGGGAUUUUCUCUCUAAAUCCGUCUCCUGUUCGCUAAAUCUCACUUCUCCAAAACGAGCCUGCGCAAUGGAACAAAGUCGGAAUAUUGAGAUGUGACAUUGCCCGCAUCUCAUCCUCUUUCUCCCCGUUUUUUAAUGACUUCAAACAAGUUCAUUUUCGCCGGGCUUUGACUUGCGGAGACCCGUGGGGAUGUCUAGCGCUCUUUCCUUUCAGUGGCAUUUAUGUGAUGUCUUCAAGAGUGCGAUGUGCUGUAUCUCCUGUAGCCACACCCUCUCACUACUGCUGUGCGUCCUCACCCUGACUCCGACGGCAACAGGGGCGGGCCCAGAGACCCUGUGCGGGGCGGAGCUGGUCGACACGCUGCAGUUUGUAUGUGGAGAGAGAGGCUUUUAUUUCAGUAAACCAGGCUAUGGCUCCAAUGCACGGCGGUCACGCGGCAUUGUGGACGAGUGCUGCUUCCAAAGCUGUGAGCUGCGGCGCCUGGAGAUGUACUGUGCACCUCCCAAGACUAAGGCAGCUCGCUCUGUGCGUGCACAGCGCCAUACAGACAUGCCGAGAACACCUAAGGUUAGUACCGCAGGGCACAAAGUGGACAAGGGCACAGAGCGUAGGACAGCACAGCAGCCAGACAAGACAAAAAACAAGAAGAGACCUUUACCUGGACAUAGUCACUCAUCCUUUAAGGAUGUGCAUCAGAAAAACUCAAGUCGAGGCAACACGGGGGGCAGAAAUUACAGAAUGUAGGGAAGGAGCGAAUGGACAAAUGCCCAGCGACUUGGGAAGAGAGAAGGGAGUGGCCUUACCUGGUACCCCUGUGGAAUGGUUCACUGUAAAACAAAACAAAGAGGAUGCUAACAAUGGCCUGAAAAACCUGAGAGCUUAGUGGUGUUUAAGGGUUUGAUGAGGGAUCUUGUGAUUAUUUUAUACACUGCACCAUUCCAUAUCGGGAGGAAUUCUUUGUUAAUGCAAUGUAACAGACUAGUUUAGCUGCUGAGACACGAACAAGAGCUUAUUAUACCUCCAUGUGUGAGCUGCAGCAUCCCCUGGCUCCAGGGAAGGUGGGAAUGGAACUGGGCUUCAGCCAAUCAGAGAGCGGCAGGCUAUGUUUGAGAAUGAGUGGUCCACCCUGUCCCCUCAACUUUGCGGAGGUAAAUCCUCUUACUCUGAGAGAGUGGAUUCAUUCACUCCUCUGGUAAGACAGGAUAUUUUAUCACCGGUCACAUUUAACAGUUACUACCCAAGUUAAAAUCUGAAUAUUUUAUCUUCAGAGUUUGUUUUUAUGCACCGUGCAUUACCGAGGAUAUUUUUAAAAGAGUAAAACAAGGUUUGCUUUAAAGGACAAAGACCAGGCGUCUCAUUAUCAGACUUUAAACAUUGUUGUAGUUAUUUUACCUUGAGCCCAAGUCAAAUCCCUACUUCUCAGUGACUGAAGGCAGGGUUCUGAUGUCUAAAUGGAGUCGCUAGAAGGUUUGAGUCCAAUCCAAAUCUCUCCUAAGCCUCAGGAAGUGUUGAGAACCUGAGGACUGAGUCUACAAUCCAAACACUUCUAUAACAACAAAUCAGGCACUAAUAGGGGAUUUUGAGGAUGGUGGGAAAUACAGUAGGUACUAGAAAUAUAAGAUUGUACAAAAUAGAGAGACAAAUUAACCAGAAGUAAAGUGAAUUAAAGUUUUUGGGUUGGUUUGCUUGUUUGGAUGUCAGAAAUGGGUCAUUUGGUGGAUUCAAAGUGCAUUUGGCAUAAGCGAGUGGAAUAAGUCAAAUAGCGACAAUCAAGCUAAAUGUUUGCCGUCUGCAUCCUUUUCACAUGUCACCAUCCUGGCCAAAUCUGAUUUUUGUCAACAAUCCAGUUACACGGUGAUCAGCAUUUGAGUCUGAGUGGAGGCCUGAGUUCAAGGUUAAGCGCAAGUUAUGAAAGUUUAGUCACUGCAAGUCAACCAGCGCUCUAAAAAAAAACCACCAGGAAAACUUUAAAAAGCUUUCAGAUCUUUCUUUUUAUCUCGUGAAGAACUAAAACAAUGAUUCCAAAUCUGUCAAUACCGACGUUUAAAGCAAAAAACAGAGAAGCUGUAACAAUAGUCACUUAGACAUAGAAGUUUAAUGAUUGAUUGUUCUUGGCCUGUGAUAUUUUGUUAGUUUAGGGAGGCCGAGAACUUUGCUACUUCAGUCGUCGCUUGGACUGCAUUACCUGCCAUCAUGGCGAAAGAGCAACAAAACUCCAUAGCAUCCAUUGCAAAGUCCACCAGAGGAACACACAGAUUAAAUGAUUUGGUAAAUAUUGCAAACCAAAAUAACAAAUCCUCCUGCAGAUGUGAGAUAUGGCACACAUAUAACAGUACACAAACACACAUACAAAGCACCCAGUGUAAAUGAGAGUUGUGUAACUGUGAGCAAGGGUCAAGCACACAUAGACACACACUAACACAAAUGAAAAGCCAGUUCUGAGAAGUCCUUGCAUGAGGACUGACAGACGUGGCUGUUUGUUCUAGCCUCUGUGCGGAUUUGCAGUCAUUUUAUCGCACAAACUGCCCAAGACAUCUCAUCUCUGGCUCUGCCUCCUCUGCCUGUGUAUAAUCAAACAGUACUCCCAUUUAUGUUAACCUAUGCAUUGCUAUCAUUCAUUGUACAUGAUGGUUUCAUAUAACAAAACUGUAUUAAGAAUCCUAUCCACUGUAUAAUGGUGCUAUUUUGUAGUUUGUUACUUGCAAGAGAUGGCUAAGACAGACAGAUGGCAGGGCUUACAUUGGAGGUCUUCCCUUUUGCACAGCCUUGUGGCCACCAUUUUAAUAGUGUUUUUAUUUGUAAGCUGUUUCAAUAAGGUAGUAGUGUAAGCGAGUAAAUGUAUCUGUGUGAAAUCUGUGAAUGCAUGGAGAAUUAAAAAUAAGAAAAUACCAUGUUGUGGUCCCAAGAAGGCAAAAUGCUAUUUUUUCUACUGUUUUUAAAUUAUUUUCUCAACAUAGAUCCCUUAUGCCAAAUAACUUGACAAAAGUACUGUGAACUGUGAUUCUUCCAAUUGUAUUGAGAUUGUUAAAAGUCAUGGUGUGCUUUUGUCUGUCCUGAGAUGUGUGUGUACAUGCACUUCACUGGAAGCCAUGGUAUUGACUAUUAAAAUCACUUAAAACGAGACUACAUAACUUUUGCUGAAGGGAUAUUUGCCUUCAUUUCCCAAGAUUGUCAUUAGUCACAUGCUUUAAAGACAUCAUCGUGUUAAUCUGUAACAUGCUCAAAUUUAGAGUAACAGGCACACAACUAGCGAAGAGCUAUAAAGUCAACAAAUGUAUCAGUGUCAUCCAGCUUAAUCAGGUAGUCUGACAUUUGCUUGCUUUUGCUGGUCAUAUAUGGGAGUGGCUGCAGCCAGUAGCCAGUUAGCUUAGCUUAGCACAUAAACUGGAAACAGGGAAGCAGCUAACCUGGCCUCCGUUUUUAAAGCAAGAUUUAAAAACAGAUUAAGCAAACAAGAUGUGUUUGUUAAUUUGUGAGAUUUAGUUUUGUUUGUUUGUUUGUUUUUUUUCUUUUUUCCUUUGGGCAGAGCCAAGCUAGCUGCUUCCUGCUGUUUCUGGUCUUUAUGCUAAGCUAACAUAACUGGCUGUAGCUUUAUUUUAAGCUUACAGAUAUGAGAGCAUCAUCAGUAUUUCCAUAUAACUCUUGGCAAGGAAUGGUAUCUCCCAAAAGUUCAAACUACAGCUUUCAGUUUGCUAACAUUGGCUAACAUUAGCCAGCAUUAGCUGUUGGCCAUACCAUACCAAAUAGAGCUCUCGCAAUAAAUCCUCUGAUCAUAUUGAAUAGAACAAAGGUCCAUUUUAAAGCAUAUGAUGUUAACCUUUCAUUUGUAUCAGAAAGAUUUUGUUAUGUCCUCUCUCAAAAGUUACUUAGUCUCGCUUUAAGAGCAAGCCAGGAGUUUAAUUUAUUUUGUCCAAAACAUUUGUUAGCAGCUCUCUGAAUUAAAAUUUAUUUUUAAAGUUUUUAUCUUUAACAAUCAAGGUUUUAAAAUGGGAAUUUACUUAUAUACUUUGGUGUCUAUUCCUUACAAAUUCUCUUCAUCAGUCGACCUGGCAACUGAAAUGAAAACGAAGCUGGUUGGAAGACAUCACCAGUCCUCCCAGAUCUUCAGAUAUACAGUACAAACCAAAGACUUUUUGAUGAGAACAAAACCUCACUCAGCAUUAUGAAGUCAUGAACUAAACCUACAAUUAGAUAAUUAAAUAGCAACUGAUGCCACCCCUGUCUGAACUGCACUGCAGCUACUAUAUGCCCUUCACACACUGUCUCUGGUACCUGAAAUACAGCUUGUGUAAUAGAUAGUAAAGUGAGCCGGACAAAAGUCUUUCAGUGUAUCUGGAAUUUUUGGAGCAGCAAUGAAGAAAGCUACAGCAACCAACUUCAAAUCAUCUGACUAUCAAUAUUUCAGUUUGUCACUUGUGCAAAAUAAUUAAUAAAGCCUAAAAUGUGGGAGUCAUUCACGACUCAGUUGGGUGUUAAAUAAUUCUAAUUUCCUGAGGCUCACUGUCCAAGAAACUGUUUGAUUACAGCGCUGUUAUUUAUGGUGCUCAAUUGCCUUCUGUAGAAAAAAAAUACUGACAAAUUGUUCACCAUUCCUGCUGAAUAAACCACUUGUCAACAUCACAGAAA